CGAGCCGCUCCGCUCCCCGAGGCCGCCCGCCCGCCCGCUCGACCCACCACCGCCCGACGACGCCUCAGCCAUGAUCAUCUACCGGGACUGCAUUAGCCAAGACGAGAUGUUCUCGGACAUCUACAAGGUCAAAGAAGUGGCCAGCGGACUCUGCCUGGAAGUGGAAGGGAAGAUGGUGAGCAGGAAAGAAGGUGAAAUAGAUGAUGCUUUAAUUGGUGGAAAUGCGUCGGCUGAAGGUCCAGAUGGUGAAGGGGCAGAGGCUACUGUUGUCACCGGUGUUGACAUUGUAAUGAACCACCACCUUCAGGAAACAAGCUUCACUAAAGAGUCUUACAAGAAGUACAUCAAGGACUACAUGAAAGCAAUCAAAGCAAGACUUGAGGAAACGAAGCCAGAGAGAGUAAAGCCGUUUAUGACUGGAGCAGCUGAACAAGUCAAACAUAUCCUUGCAAACUUCAAAAAUUACCAGUUUUUUGUAGGCGAGAACAUGAAUCCAGAUGGAAUGGUGGCGUUGCUGGAUUUCCGUGAGGAUGGCAUCACUCCUUAUAUGAUUUUCUUUAAGGAUGGAUUAGAAAUGGAGAAAUGUUAACAAGAGACCAACCCUUCUGGAUCAUCUAUCAUCAUCAUAAUUGGCUGCUGUUCUUUAUUCAUCAACAAAACAUCAUGACUCAGCAUUGUUUGAAAACUGGACUGAUGCCAUCUUGAGCUUAAUUUGAUUUAUUUUGACCCUGAAUUAAUUGGAGUGGAGGCAUUGGUUUUUAAAAACUUGUCAUGUAGGCUGUCUAAAAUAAAAAAAAACUCAUUUAAACCCA